AUGGCGCUGAGGCACAGCACACGGCAGCAACGGCUUUUAACGAUGCUGCGGCGUCGGUUGUCGGCAGAGUCUAGAGAGUUCAAUUGCUUCCUGCUAAUCGAAGCUCACCGACUGCCGUCAACCAACGGACGGGCGGCGGUGCGGUCUUUUCCUGAAGUUCAAGGCCAACAGACCAAGUCCAGUCGUGACCAUGCUUCAACGGUGAUUUGUCUGCAGGUCAAGACAACGGCGAUGUAG